AUGUGUGCAAGACUAUCGACUGCGCAGAGGAGGUUGCUUAAAGAGUAUAAGGAACUGCUAAAAGAUCCAACGGAGGGAAUCGUUGCUGCUCCAAUCAGUGAGAGUAAUCUUUUUAAUUGGCAUUGCCUUCUUGUGGGGCCUCCAGGGACUCCAUAUGAACAUGGUGUGUUUGCUGCAAAGAUGUCAUUUCCUAAGGACUACCCAUUGUCCCCACCAAAGCUUAAAUUCACAUCGGAGAUAUUUCAUCCAAACAUAUAUAAAGAUGGAACAGUGUGUAUUUCAAUUCUCCAUCCUCCAGGAAAUGACCCAAUGAUGUAUGAAUCGGCAGAUGAACGUUGGGGUCCUCUGCAGAGCAUCGAGAAAAUCCUUUUGAGUGUUUGCUCAAUGUUGGCAGAGCCAAAUCCAAACUCUCCCGCCAAUGUUGAUGCAGCCAAACUAUGGAGGGAAGACCGUGAAUUAUACAACAAAGUGGUUAGGAGGCAAGUGAUUGAUAGCCUUAGGUGA